AAGAAGCAGGUGAAGAAAAGCAUGCGCGUAGAUCGCACUUUAAAACAGACCUAAGAUGCAUUUCGCCUCAGAACGAGCAGGCGGGGACUGGUAAUUGAAAGGACAGCAGACAUAGAAGUCUGUCUGAGGAGGAUCGGCUCCAGAAGUCAGAAUGAGGUCACCUGACAAAGGAAUUUUCAUGAUGCCUUUGGGGAAAUAGGCAGGAUGUGUAGCAAGGCAGAGCUCCCCACCUGAAGUCUGCAUUGAGCAAGGCGUUUCCUCCUCUAGCGCUUGUAUUUAAUGCUGUCAGUAGCAAGGCUAAUAAAAAAGCAGGAUGCGUGCCCUGGCUGCGGAAAGGGGCUGCUGUUCCAGCCUCCUCCUGUCCCGGGGAUGCUGUGCUGGUGCUGCUCUGGCAGAGCAGCUGUAAAGGACCCCACAGCUGUGGAAAGAGCAAAUUUAUUAAACAUGGCUAAACUGAGUAUCAAAGGACUCAUUGAAUCAGCCUUGAGCUUUGGGCGCACUCUGGACUCUGACUACCCACCUUUGCAGCAGUUCUUUGUUGUCAUGGAGCACUGCCUGAAGCAUGGCCUGAAAGUAAGAAAAUCCUUUCUGAGUUACAAUAAAACCAUCUGGGGUCCUCUGGAACUUGUGGAGAAGUUAUAUCCAGAAGCUGAGGAAAUAGCAGCAAGUGUCAGAGAUUUGCCUGGCCUUAAGACUCCGCUGGGCCGCGCCCGGGCCUGGCUGCGCUUGGCGCUGAUGCAGAAGAAAAUGGCCGAUUAUCUUCGCUGUCUAAUCAUUCAGAGAGACCUCCUCAGUGAGUUUUAUGAAUAUCAUGCCCUGAUGAUGGAGGAGGAGGGAGCAGUGAUUGUUGGGCUCUUAGUUGGGCUGAACGUGAUCGAUGCCAACCUGUGUGUGAAGGGAGAAGACCUGGAUUCACAAGUUGGGGUGAUCGAUUUCUCUGUGUAUUUGAAGAGUGAUGAUGACAUUGGGGGCAAAGAAAGAAAUGUACAGAUUGCUGCAAUAUUGGACCAAAAGAAUUAUGUUGAGGAACUAAACAGGCAACUGAAUAGCACAGUUAGCAGUCUACAUGCAAGAGUUGACUCACUGGAGAAAUCAAACACUAAACUGAUUGAAGAGUUAGCAAUAGCAAAAAACAAUAUAAUUAAACUUCAGGAAGAAAACCAUCAAUUAAGGAGUGAAAAUACUCUGAUUUUAAUGAAAACACAGCAUCAUCUAGAGGCAGCCAAGGUGGACGUGGAGGCCGAGCUGCAGACGUACAAGCACUCGAGGCAGGGCCUGGAUGAGAUGUACAGCGAGGCGCGCCGGCAGCUGCGCGAGGAGGCUCAGCUGCGCCAGGAUAUGGAGAAUGAGCUGGUGGUUCAAGUCAGCAUGAAACACGAGAUAGAGCUGGCCAUGAAGCUGCUGGAGAAGGACAUCCAUGAGAAGCAGGACACCCUCAUCGGCCUGCGGCAGCAGCUUGAUGAAGUUAAAGCCAUUAAUGUGGAAAUGUACCAAAAGCUGCAGGUUUCUGAAGAUGCCAUGAAAGAGAAGAAUGAAAUAAUCAGUCGAUUAGAGGAUAAGACCAAUCAAAUUAAUGCAACUAUGAAACAACUAGAACAAAGAUUGCAGCAAGCAGAGAAGGCUCAAAUGGAGGCUGAGGCUGAGGAUGAGAAACUUAAACAGGAAUAUAUGAAUAAAUCUGAAAGCCUGCAGAACGAAUUCUCCCAGAAGGAGAAACAGCUGCUUCAGCUGGAAACAGACCUGAAGAUAGAAAAGGAGUGGAGGCAAACCCUGGAGGAUGAUCUUCAGAAGGAAAAGGAAACUGUGUCUCAUCUGAGAACAGAGACCCAAGAAAUUGUUACCCUUAAGAAAGAGUUCCUUAAGCUUCAGGAGAAGAACAAGCAGCUGAAAAGCACAUGUGAGGACCAAGAGGCUGCUCUCCAGGAACUGGCAUCCAAGCUGAGCGAAUCAAAGCUGAAAAUAGAAGAUAUAAAAGAAGCUAACAAGGCAUUGCAGGGCCAGGUUUGGUUGAAGGACAAAGAAGCCACUCACUGCAAGCUGUGUGAAAAGGAAUUCUCACUUUCCAAAAGGAAGCAUCACUGUAGGAACUGUGGGGAGAUUUUCUGCAAUGCCUGCUCUGACAAUGAGCUGCCCCUGCCCUCCUCCCCAAAGCCUGUGAGGGUCUGUGACUCCUGCCAUGCCAUCCUCAUACAGAGGUGCUCCUCCAACGUGCCAUAAGGGAUUUAUUCAUUCAUUCUGCUGCUCGGCUCAUCCUGUGCAAACCACCACACCCACUAGAGAGUGUGAACAGCAUUUCCAGCCUUUGAGGUAAGCAGUGUGGAGUUGGAAUCUCAAAGUGCUGUGAAUGAGUUACUUCUCUGCUUCCUCUUGAGACAAAUGGAGACAAUGGGACCAAAUGUAGAAAAUGCACAUCUAAAAAGA